GGGCCGCGAGCGGCAUGGAGGAGGCGGAGGCCGCGGUGAGCGGGGCUGAGCCGUGCGGGCCCGAAGGGCGCCCGAGCGGGGCCCGGGGCCCCUGAGCGAUUCCUGAAGUCAUGGAUUGGCCGGGACAGUGGUGACUCCCAAAUCCGGUAUGGAUGACUGGAAGCCCAGCCCCCUCAUCAAGCCCUUUGGGGCUAGGAAGAAGCGAAGCUGGUAUCUUACCUGGAAGUAUAAACUGACAAAUCAGCGGACCCUGCGGAGAUUUUGUCAGACAGGGGCCGUGCUUUUCCUGCUGGUGACUGUCAUUGUCAACAUCAAGUUGAUCUUGGACACUCGGCGAGCAAUCAGCGAAGCUAGUGAAGACCUGGAGCCAGAGCAAGACUAUGAUGAUACCCUCGGCCGCCUGGAGCCCCCACGGCGCAGAGGCAGUGGACCCCGGCGAGUCCUGGAUGUGGAGGUGUACUCAAGCCGCAGCAAAGUAUAUGUGGCAGUGGAUGGCACCACAGUUCUGGAGGAUGAGGCCCGGGAGCAGGGCCGGGGCAUCCAUGUCAUGGUCCUCAACCAGGCCACGGGCCAUGGGAUGGCAAAACGUGUGUUUGACACAUACUCACCUCAUGAGGAUGAGGCCAUGGUGCUGUUCCUCAACAUGGUGGCGCCCGGCGGAGUGCUUAUCUGCACCGUCAAGGAUGAGGGCUCCUUCCACCUCAAAGACACAGCCAAGGCUCUGCUGAGGAGCCUGGGUAGCCAGGCUGGCCCUGCCCUUGGAUGGAGAGACACCUGGGCCUUCCUGGGACGAAAAGGAGGUCCUGUCCUUGGGGAGAAACAUUCUAAGUCGCCUGCCCUCUCCUCCUGGGGAGACCCAGUCCUGCUGAAGACAGAUGUGCCACUGAGCUCAGCUGAAGAGGCAGAGUGUCACUGGGCUGACACAGAGAUGAACCGCCGCCGCAGGCGCUUCUGCAGCAAAGUUGAGGGAUAUGGGAGUGUGUGCAGCUGCAAGGACCCCACACCCAUUGAGUUCAGCCCUGACCUGCUCCCAGACAAUAAAGUCCUCAAUGUACCUGUGGCUGUCAUUGCAGGAAACCGACCUAAUUACCUGUACAGGAUGCUGCGCUCUCUACUCUCAGCCCAGGGGGUGUCUCCACAGAUGAUAACAGUUUUCAUCGAUGGCUACUAUGAGGAACCAAUGGAUGUGGUGGCGCUGUUUGGUCUGAGGGGCAUCCAGCAUACUCCCAUCAGCAUCAAGAAUGCCCGCGUGUCUCAGCACUACAAGGCCAUUCUCACUGCCACUUUCAACCUGUUCCCGGAGGCCAAGUUUGCUGUGGUUCUGGAAGAAGACCUGGACAUUGCUGUGGAUUUCUUCAGUUUCCUGAGCCAGUCCAUCCAUCUGCUAGAGGAAGAUGACAGCCUAUACUGCAUCUCUGCCUGGAAUGACCAGGGGUAUGAACACACAGCUGAGGACCCAGCACUGCUGUACCAUGUGGAAACCAUGCCUGGGUUGGGCUGGGUGCUCAGAAAGUCCUUGUACAAGGAGGAACUAGAGCCCAAGUGGCCCACUCCAGAAAAGCUCUGGGACUGGGACAUGUGGAUGCGGAUGCCUGAACAGCGCAGGGGCCGAGAGUGCAUCAUCCCUGAUGUUUCCCGAUCCUACCACUUUGGCAUCGUGGGCCUCAACAUGAAUGGCUACUUCCAUGAGGCCUACUUCAAGAAGCACAAGUUCAACACGGUUCCUGGUGUCCAGCUUCGGAAUGUGGACAGUUUGAAGAAAGAUGCUUAUGAAGUGGAAAUUCACAGGUUACUCAGUGAGGCUGAAGUUCUGGACCACAGCAAGAACCCUUGUGAAGACUCCUUCCUGCCAGACACAGAGGGCCACACUUAUGUGGCUUUUAUCCGAAUGGAGAAAGAGGAUGACUUCACUACCUGGACCCAGCUUGCCAAGUGCCUCCAUAUCUGGGACCUGGAUGUACGUGGCAACCACCGGGGUCUAUGGAGAUUAUUUCGGAAGAAGAACCACUUCCUGGUGGUGGGGGUCCCAGCCUCCCCUUACUCAGUGAAGAAGCCACCAUCAGUCACCCCAAUUUUCCUGGAGCCACCCCCAAAGGAGGAGGGAGCCCCGGGAGCCGCUGAACAGACAUGAGACCUCCAGGACCCUGCAGGGCUGGGUACUGUGUACCCCCAGGCAGGCUAGCCCUUCACCCCAUCCUUUAGGAUUUUGUAGAUGCUGGUAAGGGCUGGGGCUGGUUUGUUUUUAACAUGAGACUUAAUUACUAACUUGAAGGGGAGGGCUCCCCUGUUGUUGAGUUUAAGGUCUAUUUAUUUACUUCCUUGUCAGAGAAGGGCAGGACAGUACCUGGGAAUCUUUGGGAUCCCUGGGAAGCUGAUCUUUCCCCUUGUACGUCCCCUCCUCCCAGGCCUGGCUCAGAAUCUAACCUAUUUAUUGACUGCCCUGGAAGCCUUGGAAAUAGGCCAGAACUGUAGGGCUUUGAUUCCUUUUGGGGCAGAAAUACUGCCCUGAGGGUGGGACUGGCUCUUACUCAGGAAAUUGCUGUGCCCAACCCAUGAACAGGCCCAGGUAGGGUCCAUAUGCUGACACAGAAUCGCUCAGAGACCCUCUGACACUGAACCAGGCCUCCUCUCAGCUUCCUCUUUGUCCAGGUCUCUGAAGCUGGAUAAGGUGAUCAUUGAUUAAAAAAGGAGAAAACCUGAAAAA